AUGACAAGUGAACCGAGUUCUGACACCAGCCAUGGCCCCGCGCGAUCAGAGCCCAAUGCCCCCUCCUCCACCACCCAACUCACCGGUUCUAAAGCGCUACCGGAAUUGAAGAAGCGAAUCAAGGCCGGUUUGAGGACAUACCCUGAUUUUCCAAAGCAAGGGAUCUUGUUCGAGGACAUUCUCCCACUAUUUGCUUCUCAUUCCCUUCACAAAGAUCUCAUCCAAGCCUAUGAGCUACAGAUUCUCGAGAGCUUUGGACUGCACAACACGCCAGAUGUGAUUGUCGGUCUUGAUGCCCGAGGAUUUCUGAUCGGGCCGACGCUGGCACUUCGCUUAGGAGCUGGCUUUGUUCCAGUCAGGAAGCCUGGCAAGCUCCCUGGUAAAAUUGAAACGGCCGAGUUUGAAAAGGAAUAUGGUACCGAUACCUUCGCCAUACAGGCAGAUGCCAUCCAACCCGGCCAGAAGGUGCUGGUGGUUGACGAUCUAAUUGCUACCGGUGGGUCGGCAUCCGCAGCUGGGGCCCUGAUCGAAAAAUCUGGAGGAGUGCUACUCGGAUACCUCUUCAUCAUUGAGCUUACCUUCCUCAAGGGUCGGGACAAGCUCAACGCUCCCGUUUAUACGUUGUUGGAAAGUCAAUCGGAGUGA